GCUCUCACCCAAACAGUUUCUUUUGCCUUUUUUUACUAAUUUAAGAUGGAUUUGUAAUUUAAGAGGAAAAAUGUUGGGAGAAAUAACCGAAAAUACAAAAGCAAAGGAAGCAUUAACUACUUUUAGUCUUGUACCUGGCACAAUGGAAGUUGUUGAAAUUGAAGAUAGAGAUUGCGAUAAAAUUCAGGAUUAUCUUAAAGAAAUUACUGGACAACGUUCUGUUCCACGCGUUUUCAUUGGCGGGAAAUUUUUUGGUGGCGGAGAUGAUACGGCAGCUGCGGCUAAAUCGGGAAAGUUGGAAGCUGAAUUGCGAGCUGUUAAUGCUAUUGCUUGA